AUGGCGACAGGAAAUGGAGUGCCAGGAGGAAGAGAGCCUACGAAUGGCAUGACUUUGCCCUCUGAAGAGACAAUACCUCCACCCAUACCAGGCAUAUUACGCGAACCUCUCGUCGCAAUGGCGCCUGCGAGGAAGAUGAAUACGGAUAUCCCCAACAUCUUACCACACGAGAGGGUAUUCCCAAUCCAGAUAGGAAGCGAGCUGUUCCGUUUGAGUGGGGCCAGUAUCAGUUCUGAUGCACCCUCAUAUUUUUCCCAAUUCUUUCAAUGUCAAUUGAAGGCGGCCGAAGAGAACGGCGAGGAUAUAGGCUCCAUACGAACGCUUUAUAUCGAUCGAGAUCCUGUGACCUUUAGGGACAUUUCACUUCAUUUACAAGGUUAUCAUGUCCAGCCUAGAGAUGGAAGUCAUUAUGUCAAACUGUUUGCGGAUGCGCAGUUCUAUAGCUUACCACGGUUAAUCUCACAACUAUACGAAGAGAACAUCUUCAUCUCAAUAGGGCAUCGCGAUUUCCAAAUCCCCAAAGAAUUAUUCUCCGACCCUGGCAAUAGCCCAAAUUACUUCUCUUUAGGCUUCGCCGUCUUCUUCAGCACCCCAACUGAGGUCUUUCCCGGUUUAAAUCGAGAUGGCCUCCUCCGACCCCCCUCAAUCAUGCCCCCAGCAGUCCCAAACCGCUCAGCCGACACCUUCGCUGAGAUCCUCCAUCUCCUCCGCGGCUACCCCCUUCGCAUUCGCGACGAAGACCACCGCGCCGAGCUCCUGCGCGACUGCAAAUACUUUCACCUCAAAGGACUCGAACAGAAGCUCAUCCGCCACUCCAUCUCCUUUAAUCUCGCGCGUAGAAAAGACGAAAUCACGCUCCGUCUCGAAGACGUCCGCCAAUCCGGCAUCUCCAUCGGUCUCGACCGCACCUCUCCACCUCCCGAUCCCCAGUCUACCGCCAUUCGCUACGUCAACUACGCGCGUCCGUUCGUGGACCCGAAACCCUACGAGCUCGUACUCGAAAUUGGCGAUGAGUGCACGAAACUACAUUUCCAGUCGCACUUUACGCAGUCGCCUAUCCCGAUGAAAGCAGAGUUUUUUGGGAAUGGAAAGACGCGGAUUAGUCGUUUGUUCGAGGUCGUGGCGACGAAAUUGAACUUACCUACAACCCAGCCGUUGGGGCUGUUAAUGAAGAAUGGAGGCGCGAGUAGUCAACCUGCUAGUCCCGGGAAUACGCCGUUGAAUGAGGGAGACCUGGUGAGGUGCUAUCUCGCUGAAGACGCGUACGUAAGGUUAGAUGGGAGGGACUGGAGACAUCCUAACUCAAUUGCGCAUGAGGAGGAUGAGGAGGGACCGAGGAAGAAGAGGAGGAUGACUGAGCAAGCUGGGAUUGGUGGAGUGGGUGGCGGGAUGGGCAUAAUGGAAGAAGCGAAUCAAUCUUGGAUCGUGAAGACGGGACAGUGGCGGUUACGCAUUCAAAAUAACGGCAGGGCGGGGAAGAUGGGCGUUGAGUGUGUGUUGGUGGCUGUGAAGUUGGAUGUUGUGUCGGGAGAGUUGGGGCGGAAUUCCGCGAGGGGGUUUUUGGGGGGUUGA